UCAGGUUGCUCACAGCCUGCUUCCGGCGCAGAGGUGAGAGUCUACCAGCCCUGCCGCUGAGUGAUGACGUCAGCUCCGGUUGCCGUGCUGAGUCGGAAGUGGGAACCCUUUGGCCCCUGAGACUGUCGUGUCGUCGCUGCUGGCCCUUCAGGCCCUGCCCCACCCCUAGGUCUGGAUGGAGGAUACCUUAAAGUGAAAUGACAGACCAGGAAAAUAACAACAACAUCUCAAGUAACCCCUUUGCUGCUCUUUUUGGCUCCCUGGCUGAUGCCAAACAGUUUGCAGCAAUCCAAAAAGAGCAGCUGAAGCAGCAAUCUGAUGAACUCCCAGCAAGCCCAGAUGACUCCGAUAAUAGUGUGUCAGAGAGCCUGGACGAAUUUGAUUACUCUGUGGCUGAGAUCAGCCGUUCAUUCCGGUCACAGCAAGAAAUAUGUGAGCAACUCAACAUCAAUCACAUGAUCCAAAGAAUCUUCCUCAUCACACUGGACAACAGUGAUCCAAGCAUGAAAAGUGGGAAUGGCAUCCCAAGUCGCUGUGUGUAUUUGGAAGAGAUGGCAGUAGAGUUGGAAGAUCAGGACUGGCUGGAUAUGAGCAAUGUUGAGCAGGCUAUCUUUGCUCGCUUGUUACUUCAAGAUCCAGGAAACCAUUUGAUUAACAUGACUUCUUCUACAACAUUAAACCUCUCUGCUGAUAGAGAUGCAGGAGAGAGACACAUUUUUUGUUACCUUUACUUCUGCUUCCAAAGAGCCAAGGAGGAGAUUACCAAAGUCCCAGAGAACCUGCUGCCCUUUGCAGUACAGUGCAGGAACCUCACUGUGUCCAAUACCCGAACAGUUCUCCUCACCCCAGAGAUCUAUGUUGACCAAAACAUCCAUGAGCAACUGGUAGAUUUGAUGUUGGAAGCCAUCCAAGGAGCUCAUUUUGAAGAUGUAACUGAGUUUCUAGAAGGGGUCAUUGAAGCCUUGGUAUUGGAUGAGGAAGUUCGAACAUUUCCUGAAGUUAUGAUUCCAGUGUUUGAUAUUUUGUUGGGCCGAAUUAAAGAUCUGGAGCUCUGCCAGAUCCUAUUGUAUGCAUAUCUGGAUAUUCUUCUCUAUUUCACUAGGCAAAAGGAUAUGGCAAAGGUUUUUGUAGAAUACAUCCAGCCCAAAGACCCUAGCAAUGGGCAGAUGUACCAGAAGACCUUGCUUGGAGUCAUUCUGAACAUCUCCUGCUUAUUAAAGACUCCAGGUGUGGUGGAAAAUCAUGGCUACUUCCUAAAUCCCUCUCGUUCCAGUCCUCAGGAGAUCAAAGUACAGGAAGCCAACAUCCAUCAGUUCAUGGCCCAGUUCCAUGAAAAGAUCUACCAGAUGCUGAAGAACUUGCUCCAGCUUUCUCCAGAAACCAAACACUGUAUCUUGUCCUGGCUUGGAAACUGUUUGCAUGCAAAUGCAGGCCGCACCAAGAUUUGGGCGAAUCAAAUGCCAGAAAUCUUCUUCCAGAUGUAUGCCUCAGAUGCCUUCUUUCUGAAUCUGGGUGCUGCUCUCCUGAAGCUGUGCCAGCCAUUUUGUAAACCUAGAUCCUCUCGGCUUCUCACCUUUAAUCCCACUUACUGUGCCCUGAAAGAGUUGAAUGAUGAAGAACGAAAAAUUAAAAAUGUGCAUAUGCGAGGUUUGGACAAAGAAACCUGUCUGAUCCCAGCUGUGCAGGAGCCGAAAUUUCCCCAGAACUACAACCUUGUAACAGAGAACCUUGCCCUGACAGAGUACACAUUGUACUUAGGAUUUCACAGGUUGCAUGAUCAGAUGGUAAAAAUCAAUCAAAAUCUGCAUCGGCUGCAGGUUGCCUGGCGGGAUGCUCAGCAGAGUUCUAGCCCUGCUGCUGACAAUCUCCGUGAGCAGUUUGAACGACUGAUGACCAUCUAUCUUUCCACCAAGACUGCCAUGACUGAGCCGCAGAUGCUACAAAACUGCCUAAAUUUGCAGGUGUCCAUGGCUGUUCUUCUGGUUCAGCUGGCCAUAGGCAAUGAGGGCUCACAGCCAGUAGAGCUAACUUUUCCUUUGCCAGAUGGCUACAGCUCUUUGGCUUACGUGCCAGAAUUUUUUGCAGACAACCUGGGUGAUUUUCUCAUUUUUCUCCGCCGCUUUGCUGAUGACAUCUUGGAGACAUCAGCAGAUUCCCUGGAGCAUGUCCUUCACUUUAUCACCAUUUUCACUGGCAGCAUAGAAAGAAUGAAGAAUCCACACCUAAGGGCCAAGCUAGCUGAGGUAUUGGAAGCAGUGAUGCCUCACCUGGAUCAGACGCCGAAUCCCUUGGUGUCCAGUGUGUUCCACCGGAAACGUGUAUUCUGUAACUUUCCAUAUGCACCUCAGCUUGCAGAAGCCCUAAUCAAAGUUUUUGUGGACAUUGAGUUUACAGGAGACCCCCAUCAAUUUGAACAGAAGUUUAAUUACCGCCGCCCCAUGUAUCCCAUCCUGAGAUAUAUGUGGGGGACAGACUCCUAUCGGGAGAGCAUUAAGGAUUUGGCUGACUAUGCCUCUAAGAAUUUAGAAGCUAUGAAUCCUCCACUUUUUCUCCGCUUUCUUAACCUGCUAAUGAACGAUGCCAUCUUCCUUUUGGAUGAAGCCAUACAGUAUUUGAGCAAAAUAAAAAUUCAGCAAAUCGAGAAGGACCGAGGUGAAUGGGACAAUCUGAGCCCUGAAGCCCGCCGAGAGAAAGAGGCUGGCUUACAGAUGUUUGGGCAGCUGGCACGAUUCCAUAACAUCAUGUCCAAUGAAACAAUUGGUACCCUCACCUUCCUGACAUCAGAGAUCAAAUCCCUCUUCGUGCAUCCAUUCCUAGCUGAGCGCAUCAUCUCCAUGCUGAACUACUUCCUGCAACAUCUGGUUGGCCCCAAGAUGGGUGCCUUAAAAGUGAAGGACUUCAGUGAAUUUGACUUCAAACCCCAGCAGCUUGUAUCAGAUAUCUGUACUAUCUACCUGAAUCUUGGGGAUGAGGAGAAUUUCUGUGCCACUGUGCCCAAGGAUGGACGUUCCUAUUCCCCAACUCUCUUUGCACAGACAGUACGAGUCCUGAAAAAAAUAAAUAAGCCCGGAAAUAUGAUAGUGGCUUUCAGCAACUUGGCAGAGAGAAUAAAGUCUCUUGCAGAUCUCCAGCAGCAAGAAGAGGAGACCUAUGCGGAUGCCUGUGAUGAGUUCCUGGAUCCCAUCAUGAGCACACUGAUGUCUGACCCUGUGGUGCUGCCAUCUUCCAGAGUCACUGUGGAUAGGUCCACCAUUGCCAGACAUUUGCUCAGUGACCAAACAGAUCCUUUUAACCGUAGUCCCCUCACCAUGGACCAGAUCCGGCCAAACACUGAACUGAAAGAAAAAAUUCAACGGUGGCUUGCAGAAAGGAAACAACAAAAGGAGCAACUUGAAUAAACACUGUGAACUAAACCAACCAAAAGGCAACCCCAAGUGUAGAUAAACAAUUGUUUGUGGUCUCCCUCUUUCUGGUUCUGUUCCUUUUUUUUUUCCUCCCCUUCACCAAAUUAGAGAACUACUAUUGCUCAAAUUAUGAUAAUUAAGAUUCCUAAGAACAGCCUAGGCCAUGGUAGUACCACCUGAGGCUGAGGCAGAAGGAUCAUUGUGAGUUGGCCUACAGAGUGAGUUCAAGGCCAGCCUAAACUGCAUAGUGAGACCUUGUCUCAGAAAGACCAAAAAAAAAAGAUUUCUAAGAACUUGUCAGUGCUCCCCUGGCUUGUAGGAAAUUACACUUUCUUAUAGUGUCACCAACUUUAGAAACCACCAUGAUUUUCAGCUUUUUUCUUUCCCUGCCUUAAAUUAUAUUUUUAAGUCUAGUGUCAUAAUCUAAUGACAGUUGAUAUCCAGAAAAUCUUUUGUCAUUCUACGUAUUUACGAGUCCUCAUAUUUUGGACUUAAGUCCCUUGUUACAGUUCUAAAAUGUUACGGGAUAACCUUUAACAUAAAAGCAAAUGUGUUCAUGUUUGUGUUGAUUUUUGAAUGAUAGGUUGUUUGUUUGUGUGUUUGUUUUAAAGAAAAAAGGAAUCUCUUGCCACUUCUGUUGGUAGCUCUUAAUUUUGUGUUAUAACUUAAAAAUAUCACAAACACGGGGCUGGGGAUUUAGUUCAGUGCAUAAGCACCUGCCUUGCAAGCAGGCGGUCGUGAGUUCAAUCCCCGGUACCGAUAAAAAUGAAAAAGACAAAAAAUAUAUAUAUAUAUAUCACAAACACUUUCUCAUGAGGUUGUCACCACCAAAAAUGUAGCCCUGCAGUCUUUUCAGGAUGAUUCGUAAUUUUGCGAAUUUCAUGACAAAUUUGCAAUCAUGACUUGAGUCAGAAAAACUCUGGAGUGAAUGAAUAAAUAGGCAGCUGCUGGACAUUUUCUUAUGGAAAAAAAUCUGUUGCUUUAAGGAGUAGGCCUGAGCAGAAAACUUAAGCAACAAUACUACAACACGAGAAAUGUCAUUUUGGCACUAAUAUCAGUAGUAUAUCUCAGUGUGUAUUAUGUAUAUACACAUAUGCACACUCACCAUGUGCUUUUUUAUAUUGGUCUAGUGUAAACUAAGUACCACUUUCUCUCUUCGUAGUAAGAAUAUAAACUGUGUGGCUAUGCUUACAGACUCAUUCUAGACAAUAAAAUUCUGAGACUAUAAAAUGUAAAUAAUUAAUGUUUGUGACCUGACUUGUAAGAGUUGCUUCUAACUAGCCCUAGGUCAUCAAUUAACAAAGUAGGAAUGUGAGCAAAACUUUAUCCACAAGCCACUUUAAAUAUCCACUUAUCCUUAAAUAGAGCUCUCCACUAAUAGUGCAGUUUAACCUGCUGAAUGAGGCACAUUCUCCAGUGGACCAUCUUUGUAUCAGUGUCCAUGUAAGCCCAGAGAUACCAUAAGGGACAGGAAAAGUAAUUUAGAAAUAAGGGUGAAAUAAUAUAUUUUUAAAAAUAUUCCAACAUACAUUGCUAUAAAUGAUGUGUUUUAAUGUUAUCAGCUGGGAAACUUCAAAUCUAAGAGGGCUUCCUAUCCUGGAUAUAAAAUAGACAUCACUUAUGGCUGCGCUUAUAAAUGAAAGAUUGAGACACUUGUAAGUGCCAGAAUGUAAGAGUGAUUCAUUGUGCUCCCUGGGCUUUAAAGGAUGUGUUGACAGGAUUUAUUUUCUUAAAAUGAGCUUGAUUCAUAUUUGUUCUCCUUUCCCUCUUUGAGAAUGAAAUGUGUAUAAAAUAAGCUUCCACCUACUUACACUUAUCUUCUGAUCCAAUCUAACAGUGUCAUUCUAAAAAGAAAGUAAAAGACCAGAAUUUUGCAGGAGAAAAUUGCAAGAAAAUGGGCACAAAACCUCAGAAAGCAGCUGCUCCAGCAGCUUUCUAGCUAACAACCUCUAUGCUGCCUCUAGCGUCUGUAUUGUACUUCUGUGAUUAGCCUUCGGAUUGUAAGCCUAUUGUGGCAGGCAUUUUUGUUUUGUUUUUUAUAAAGCUCUUUUCCUGAGACUUUUUGUGAAUGGCUAUGGUAACAUACAUGCUGCUGAAUAUCUUUAAAUGCAUCACAAAGCAAGUGUGAAGCUUAAGGCCACUUUUGGUAAAGAAACCAAGUGUCCUCUGUGCCUUCUUUCUGUGAAAUAGUCUAGGAACAUUAUUAAGACUUUAAAAGAAAUCCCAUCUCAAUACAUGGUGCAUAUAUGCAUUUAGAAGUAUUAGGAGGUAUUCUGUCUGGAACUCAGCAGCAACUCUAAAUCUCUUUUUUAAGAGUAGACUUUCUGGGGCUGGUGAUUUAGGUCAGUGGCAUAAGCGCCUGCCUUGUAAGCAGGCAGUCAUGAGUUCGAUCCCUGGUACCGAUAAAAAGGAAAAAGACAAAAAAAAAAAAAAAGAGUAGACUUUCUGACAUACCUGGUGUGAUGUGAUGGCUUUGCUGGAGUAUGUUAGGAAAAUGAAGACUCUAAUCAGCUUACAACUUACAAAGAGGCUAGCAGUAAACAGGGAAAUUAUUUAAGUGGGUUUUGCCAAACAGUCAAGAGUUUUGUGAUUUUUUUUUUUAACUAGUUUUUAGUGAAUAUAUAAAAUCCUAGGACCGGGGAUAAUAGCUCAGUGGCAUAAGUGCCUGCCUGGCAAGUUCAAUCCCCGGUACCAAAAAACAAAAAUCUGAAGGAAGCUUUAGAGGUAUUUAAAUGGUGCAUGUGAAAGUGCCAGUUGCUGUUCAAUAUCACACUCUACAAAAGCUUCAUCACUUGAUUUGAUGCUGGUUGCUAAGCAGCCAUUGAAGGGUAUAAAUCUACUGGGGGCCUUUAAGGAAUUAAUGCAUAUGCUCUAACUGCUAAAUAGGAAAAGAACCUAAAAAUGAAGAGCAAAACAAGGUUGACCGAAAUAAAACUUGAUCUACAUAAUUGUAUUUUGAGACAUUCCAGGAAGGUUACUUUUUGUCUGACUUGCCUGGGGGUGUUUGUUCAAAACUUGUACUUAAUAAAUGAACACCUGACUUACAA